UUUUUUUUUUUCUUUUUUUUCAAAAUUACACAGAUUUGCGAUUCACUGCUGCUCUGAUCUUCUCUGUUCUUCUGGACUUUGAUUUGUUUGCUCCGUCAAUUUGUGGGUGGCGAUUGUAGCAAAAAGGUAUAACUAUACCUAUAUCGAAGAUUUGAGCCUUUUCAACUUCAUUUUCGCACUUCGAUUUAUUUCAAUUUUUCCGAUUAGGGUUCCUCUGUUUCCGAUCAAGUGAAUGCUGCAUUAUUUCACAGUUCAAGUUCAAUCAGCUGUUUUCUGAUCUUGAUUCAUUACUUCACUAAUUUUUUCAAUUUUUUUUUUAAAUUUCCCCUGUUUUACUGAUCGAAUCAAGUAAAUUCACAUAGCAAAUUUGGGGCAAAAAAAAUGGAGGAGGAUCAUGAAUUUAGAUUCGUUUGUAAGCUCUGCAACAAAAAAUAUCCAUGUGGGAAAUCACUCGGUGGUCAUAUGAGAUCUCACGUAGUUUCAAGUUCAGCAGAAAUAUCAUCUCUCGAAAAAGUUGAUUCCGCCAUGAAAAGGAUUUCCCCCAUCACUGAUUUUGUUGGGGGCCACCACCCCCACCCCCACAGCACCACAAUCAACGAUUCAAGAACUGGUGAAUUCGGAAACGGGCAAACGAGCUACGGUUUGAGAGAGAACCCCCGCAAAUCAUGGAGAGCUGUCGGCUCGAAUUUCCCCUCACCACAAGAAAGAAUCUGCAAGCAAUGCGGCAAAGGGUUUCAAUCUUUAAAGGCACUGUGUGGUCACAUGGCUUGCCACUCUGACAGAGACAAGGUUUUGAAAGAUGAUCAGUAUUCUUGGACGAGUGAGAACAAUCAGAAACUGGUAAUCGAUAGCCAUUCCGACACCGACGAAGCCGAGGCCGAAGCUGAAGCCGAAGCAGAAGAUCGGAUUUUGAGGUCGUCAUCGAAAAAUAAGCGGUGCAAGAAAAUAGUUAAUAAUAAUAAUGGUUCUUCGUCUGUUUCUGAAAUCGACGGCGAAGAAAACGAGGAGGUGGCGAUGUGUUUAAUGAUGCUGUCGAGGGAUUCGGGUAAUAAUAACAAAGGUGGCGUAAAUUCGGUAGUUGAGUCGUCGGAUAACAACUCCGUUAUUCUCGAGACUAAGUCAUCUUCCAUCGACAUUAAAAAAAUCCACAAUAAUAAUAAUAAUAGUAAUCAAGAAAACAAGACGAAGAAAAUCGAUGAGGUGCAUAACGAUUCCGAUUCGGGUUAUUUCUUGGAUGAGUGUUCAAAGUACGAAUCCGAUGCUUCCGUCGACGGAUUCCGAAGGAAUAUUCCUUCGUAUUUCGAGUACGAUAAUAAGCCCUCGAUGAAGACGAGAGGUGGUGACGAGUCAUCGAGGAAGAGAAGGUAUAUUCCGGAGAAUAUUCCCGAGGAGUAUACUGAGAAACGGAGUAAAUACGAGUGCUUCAACUGCAAGAAAACGUUCAAGUCGUACCAAGCACUAGGCGGGCAUAGGCCGUGCCAUAAGAGGAGCACUGCUUUUUACGAGACGAGAUACGAGAGCGGUGAGAAUAGUCUAGAAGGUUCUACCGAGUUCGUUGCUAAUAAUAAUUCUCUUAGCAACAGAAAAUCGAUCGAGAAGAAAAUGAAGGGGAAGAAGAACAAACCGCACGUAUGCCCGUUUUGCGACAGGGUUUUCAAGAACGGGCAGGCGUUGGGUGGCCAUAAGAGGUCACAUUUUAUCGGGGGGCAUGUGGAAAAUAAUAAUAAUAAUAAUAAUAAUAAUAAUAAUAAUAAUAAUAAUAAUAAUAAUCGGAGCACGGUGGUAAAGGCUGAUAUGCUCGACCUCAAUCUUCCUGCUCCCGUUGAUGACGAGGAUGAUGUGCCCGACGAAUAUCCUCCUCCGCGUUAGAUACGACCGAUAGUAAGCGUUUAUCGAUCUUAUCUCCCUUUUUAUUAUUUGAAAUAGUUUUGAUCAAUUUUGAAGCAGUGGGAUAUAUAUAUAUA